UCAGCCAACUCUCAGGCCGGCGAAGAAAAUAGACGCGGCGCUCCAUCCGAAAACCACGAGUGUUGCACGCCGCGCGCCCAUUGGCCUCGUCCCAUCAUCUGACCGGCUACCAUGCCACAUCUGCGGGCGAAUAAAUGUCGAGAGCGCUCCGACACGCCGGCCAGUCGAUAAAUUCGCUCGCGCCGCUGCUGCACCCGAACCCGUCGGCGCAACAUUUAACUCGAAAAUUUUGCGAAUUUUCCGCGUUUCACGCCAGUACAACCGAUGUGCACCGAUCUGUGAUUAGUCUACUAGAUAUUUUGGAUUAUCUGUCGAAGAUUAGAUAGAAAUAACAGCAAGCACAAACCGACGAAAAUGCCAGCCAGAGCACCGGAAACCGAACGACACUACGGCUCCGCCGUCAACGACGACAUCGUCAUCGCCGGCCUGUCGGGCCGCCUGCCCGAGAGCGACACCAUCGACGAGUUCAAGCGACAGCUCUUCGACGGCGUCGACCUGGUGACCGACGACGAGCGCCGCUGGCCGUCGGGCCUCUACGGCCUGCCGGCGCGCACCGGCAAGCUCAAGCACCUCGAGCUGUUCGACGCCACCUUCUUCGGCGUGCACGCCAAGCAGGCGCACGUCAUGGAUCCGCAGCUGCGGCUGUUGCUCGAGCUCACCUACGAGGCGAUGGUCGACGCCGGCAUGAACCCCGGCGAGAUGAAGGGCUCCAAGACGGGCGUGUUCAUCGGCGUCUCCGACAGCGAAUCGUCGGAGUUUUGGACGAGGGACCCCGAUCAGGUGAACGGGUACGGGUUGACCGGUUGCUGCAGGGCCAUGUUCCCCAACAGGAUAUCGUACACGUUCGACUUCAGCGGGCCGAGUUACGCCGUCGAUACGGCGUGCUCGAGCAGCUUGUUCGCCUUCCAGCAAGCCGUGACGGCCAUUAAGACCGGUCAAUGCGAUUCCGCCAUCGUCGGCGGUGUUAAUUUACUGUUGAAACCCACGUCGUCGUUGCAGUUCCACAGAUUGGGCAUGCUGAGUCCGCAGGGUAUGUGCAAAGCCUUCGACGCCAGCGGUAACGGUUACGUAAGAUCAGAGGCGGCUGUUGUAGUACUACUUCAAAAAGCGAGCGUUUCUAAAAGAGUGUACGCGACGGUGCUCGGCGCCAAAACCAACACCGACGGUAACAAAGAACAGGGCAUCACCUACCCGUCGGGACAAAUGCAGAACAAACUCAUACGAGAAGUCUACGACGAAAUCGGCGUACGACCCGAGGAGGUGUCGUACGUAGAAGCCCACGGCACCGGCACCAAAGUAGGCGAUCCGCAAGAAGUCAACUCCAUCGCCGACUUCUUCUGCAAGAACCGCAAAGAACCGCUCCUCAUCGGCUCGGUGAAGAGCAACAUGGGCCACUCCGAACCCGCCUCCGGCCUCUGUUCGCUCGCCAAGAUGGUGAUCGCCAUGGAGGCCGGCAUGAUACCGCAGAACCUCCACUUCCAAUCGCCCAACAAAGACAUCCCGGCGCUCAACGACGGCCGCCUCAAGGUGGUGGCCGAGAACGAGCCGUGGAACGGCGGCAUCGUCGCCAUCAACUCCUUCGGCUUCGGCGGCGCCAACGCGCACAUCGUGCUGCGCUCCAACCCCAAGCCGAAGACGUCGUGGCCGCGCAAGGCCGACGACGUGCCGCGCGUGAUCGGCGUCUCCGGUCGCACCGAAGCCGCCGUGCAGAAGCUGCUCGACCACGUCGAACGGAACAAAAACGACGAGGAGUUCCUCGCUUUGGUCGACGAGGUGCACGCCAGGAACAUCUACGGACACGGCUACCGAGGCUACGCCGUCCUCAAGGACGGCCGCACCGUGAAGGAAGCCGCCCAAGUGCCCGGCGACGACAGACCCGUAGCGUUCGUCUACUCCGGAAUGGGAUCCCAAUGGCCCGGCAUGGCGAAAGAUCUGAUGCAAUUGGAGUGCUUCAAGAACUCCAUCGAUCGAUGCGCCGAAGCGCUCAAACCGCACGGGAUCGUUCUACAAGACAUCAUCAUCAACGGCGACGAGAGCACGUUCGACAACGUCCUCAACUCGUUCGUAUCGAUAGCGGCCAUGCAGGUAGCCCUGACGGACGUUCUGAAGACGCUGGGAGUCGAACCCGACGUGAUCGUGGGACAUUCGGUGGGCGAAGUCGGUUGCGCCUACGCCGACGGCACCCUCACCGCCGAGCAAGCCGUCCUGGCGGCGUACUCCAGAGGCAGGGCGAUAUUGGAGAGCAAGCUGGCGCCCGGCGCGAUGGCCGCCGUCGGCCUGACGUGGGAGGAGGUGAAGGCGCGCUGCCCGCCGGAGAUAGUCGCGGCCUGCCACAACAGCGAGGACAGCGUGACCGUGUCCGGCCCGCCGGACGCCAUCGAGCAGUUCGUGGCCCGGCUGCAGGCCGAGAACGUCUUCGCCAAGGCGGUGAAGAGCUCCGGCACGGCGUUCCACAGCAAGUACAUCGCCGAGGCGGGGCCGAAGCUGCGCAAGUCGCUGGAGGCGAUCAUUCCGAAUCCGAAGCCGAGGACGCCGAGGUGGAUAUCUUCGUCGAUACCCGAAAGCGCUUGGGGCACGCCGUUGGCGCAGCACAGCUCGGCCGGUUAUCACGUCAACAAUUUGUUGUCUCCCGUGUUGUUCCACGAGGCGCUGAAGCACGUGCCGGAGGACGCUAUUUGCGUGGAAAUCGCCCCCACGGGGCUCCUGCAGGCUAUCCUCAAGAGGGCUCUUGGACCGAAAACUACUAAUAUUAGCUUGGUGAAACGAGGUCACGCCGAUAACAUGGAAUUCAUUCUAUCAGCUUUGGGAAAGAUUUUCGCAGCCGGUGCCCAACCGCGUUUCGGGAACCUGUACCACCCGGUGAGCUUCCCGGUGGGCAGAGGCACUCCGAUGAUCAACUCCAUGGUGGAAUGGGACCAUUCCAGCGAAUGGAGCGUGGCCAAUUUCUCCGGCAAAGGCAACCGAUCCGGCGAAUUGGUCAUCGACGUUGACUUGAGCAAAGAGAGCGAUGCCUACCUAGCCGGUCACGCCAUCGACGGUAGAAUCCUCUUCCCAGCCACCGGAUACCUCACUUUAAUCUGGAAAUCGUUCGCCAAACUGCGCAACGAGGACUUCGAACAACUACCGGUGAUCCUCGAAGACGUCCAAUUCCACCGGGCCACCAUCAUGCCGAAGGAGGGCUCCGUGAAGUUCCUCAUCAACAUCUUCGAGAGCUCCGGCGAGUUCGAGCUGUGCGAGGGCGGCAGCGUCGCCGUCUCCGGCAAGAUCCGGGUGCCCGAGGACGCCUCCAAGGAGUCCCUCGCCCUGCCCAAACCGGCUCCGAAGACCGAACAGGACGUGUUGCCCUUGGACACCGCCGAUAUCUACAAGGAACUGCGGCUGAGAGGCUACGACUACGAGGGCAUCUUCAGGGGCAUCAGCGAGUCCGACAACCGCGGAUCGGCCGGCAAGCUCAGAUGGGACAACAACUGGAUCAGCUACAUCGACACCAUGCUGCAGUUCUCCAUACUCGGCCAGAACACCAGGGAGUUGUACCUGCCGACGAGGCUCCAAAGGGCCUUCAUCAACCCGAAGGAGCACCUGCAGACCAUCGAGAGCCUGCCGGAGGGCGAGAGCGUGCCGGUGUACAUGUACAGGAACAUCGGCGUUAUCAAAUCGGCGGGCAUCGAGUUGCGCGGCAUGAAGGCCAGCCUGGCGCCGCGACGCCAACAGGCCCAAGCGUCGCCGAAGCUGGAAAAAUACCAAUUCGUGCCGUACGAAAACUCCCAGCCUCUCAUCGAAGAUACCGACAAGAGCAAGGCCCAAGCGCUCACCGUGUUGGUGCAAACCGUGAUCGAAAACAGCUCGGGGGCGAUGAAAAUCAAAAUCGCCGAAGUCGGUUCUGACAAACCGGUGGAAUCGGUACUCGCACCUAUCAUCAAAAACAUCAUCGAAUCCGAACCGAUGCUCUCGGCAGACGUAACUGUAGUAACAUCCACGCCCAUCGACGCUUCCUCGCUGGAAACCAACGAUAUCAAACACCAAAUUAAAGAUUUAACGGCGGCGCAAAUAGCCCAAGACGUCCAUCUGGUCGUGCUCAGCGACGUCCUCAUGUACAACCGCAGGAGCUUGCUGGACAGCGCCCUCGCCUCCAUCAAACCCGGCGGGUUCGUCCUGCUGGAGGAGCUCAAAGGCUCCGCGGACACUUCGAAACUCGCCGACGUGGAAAUCGUCGGUAGACAAGUCACCGACAUGAAAGUGUACGUUCUAUUACGCAAACCCGUCCAAGUACCGGCAGGCGCUGCCGUAAUCACCGUCACCGAGCAGAACUUCGCCUGGGUGGAGCCCCUCAAGGCCGCCAUGAAGCAGGCCGAAGGCGACAACCAGAAGAUCUACGUGGUGGCGCAAGGAGAGGAGCUCAACGGGCUCGUCGGCAUGAUGAAUUGCCUGAAACAGGAGCCGGGCGGCGCCAACAUGAGGGCCGUGCUGAUCCAGGACGCCGGCGCGCCCAAAUUCUCGAUAGCCGCCUACGAGAAGCAACUCAAGAAGGACCUGGUGCACAACGUGCUCAAGAACAAAACCUGGGGCAGCUACAGGCACCUGGUGCUCGAGCACUACGAGGACAGCGGCAAGCUGCAAGUCGAACACGCCUACAUCAACACCCUCACCAGAGGCGAUCUGGCCAGUCUGCGCUGGAUCGAAGGUCCCCUCGGUUACUACAAACCUGAUGAGGAUCAAUCCACCGAGCUCUGCCACGUCUACUACGCCCCCCUGAACUUCCGAGACAUCAUGCUGGCCACGGGGAAGCUUCCCCCGGACGCUCUGCCCGGCGAUCUAGCCGGCCAGGAGUGCAUCCUCGGUCUGGAAUUCUCCGGACGCAACUCCAGCGGCAAACGCGUCAUGGGCAUGGUGGCCGCCAAAAGUUUAGCCACUACAGUCCUCGCCGAUCCCGGUUUCCUGUGGGAGGUGCCCGAGAAGUGGAGCUUGGAGGAGGCCGCCACCAUUCCGGUGGUCUACGGCACCAGCUACUACGCGCUCGUCGUCCGAGGCGGCCUCAAGCCGGGCGAAUCGCUGCUGGUGCACGCCGGCACCGGCGGCGUCGGCCAGGCCUCGAUCGCCAUCGCCCUCCACAUGGGCUGCACCGUCUUCACCACGGUGAGCAGCCAGGCCAAGCGCGACUUCCUCAAGCAGACGUUCCCCGGGCUGAGGGACGAGCACAUCGGCAACUCGCGCGACACCAGCUUCGAGCAGAUGAUCCUGACGCAGACCGAGGGCAGGGGAGUGGACUGCGUGCUGAACUCGCUGGCGGCGCACCAGCUGCAGGCGUCGGUGCGGUGCCUGGCCGUCGGCGGGCGCUUCCUCGAAAUAGGCAAGGUCGAUUUGUCCAACAACUCGCCGUUGGGCAUGAGCGUGUUCCUGAAGAACACCACGUUCCACGGGAUACUGUUGGACGCGCUCUUCGACUCCGAGAGUCCCGAGAAGAAGCUCGUGUUCGAUUUGGUGACGGAGGGCAUCAAGAGCGGCGCCGUUAAACCGCUGGCCAAGACCGUUUUCAACGAACACCAAGUGGAACAAGCCUUCAGGUACAUGGCGUCCGGCAAGCAUAUUGGCAAAGUCUUGCUGCAGAUAAGAGAAGAAGAAAGUCGAGUUACUCAAAGACCUGCUGUGAAAACAGUCAACGCUAUUCCGCGUACUUACAUGGACCCGGAGAAGAGCUACGUAUUGGUUGGCGGUUUGGGCGGUUUCGGAUUGGAAUUGGCCAAUUGGUUGAUCGUACGCGGUGCCAGAAACGUGGUACUCACCUCCAGAAGCGGCAUCAAAACCGGCUACCAGUCGUUGUGCAUCAGACGGUGGAGGGAAAAGGGCGUUAAGAUACUCGUAUCUACAGCCGACGCCACCACCGAGAAGGGAGCGAAGAGGUUGCUGGAGGAAUCCAUCGCGCUGGGCCCCAUCGGGGGAAUAUUCAAUCUAGCCGCGGUGCUGCGAGACGCGAUGAUGGAGAACCAGAGCGAAGCCGACUUCAAGACGGUGUGCAAACCCAAAGUGGACGGCAGCAAGAUGCUGGACGCGGCGUCGAGGAGCCUCGCGCCCCAUCUGGACUACUUCGUCAACUUCUCGUCGGUGUCGUGCGGUCGCGGCAACGCCGGCCAGGCGAACUACGGCCUGGCCAAUUCGGCGAUGGAGCGGCUGGCGGAGGCGCGACAGGCCAUCGGCCUGCCCGGCAUCGCCAUCCAAUGGGGCGCCAUCGGCGACGUGGGGCUCAUCCUCGAGACGAUGGGCGGCAACGACACCGAAGUGGGCGGCACACUGCCGCAAAGGAUGUCCUCGUGCCUGGCGGCCAUGGACACGCUUCUGCAACAGCCACACUCCGUCGUAGCCAGCAUGGUGUUGGCUGAUAAGCACAAGGGAUCGUCCGGCGCUAGCCAAAUCAGCUUGACCGACGCCGUGGCGAAUAUCUUGGGUAUUAAAGACGCCUCCACCGUCUCGGCGGGCGCUUCUUUGGCCGAUUUGGGUAUGGAUUCGCUGAUGGGAGCGGAGAUCAAGCAGACGUUGGAGAGGAACUACGAUAUGGUGCUGAGCGCGCAGGAAAUCCGGGCGCUUACGUUCGGCAAGUUAACGGAGCUCAGUAGCGGCGGAGGAGGCGGCGGCGCCGCCCCCGUCGCGGAGACUCAACCGCAGGAUAACAACGUGCAAUUCGACAAGUCCAUCGACAUCAUGCCGACCAAGGUGAUCGUACAAAUGGCGAGCAAAUCGAACGAUAACAAGAAACAGCCGGUGUUUGUGUUGCAUCCGAUCGAAGGAGUGGUGAAGGCUUUGGAGACUCUGGCUAAGAACGUGGACGCUCCCGUGUAUGGUAUCCAAUGCACAUCGACGACGCCCUUGACAAGCAUCGCUGAACUGGCCAAAUAUUACAUUGCACAGAUAAAAACGGUGCAAUCGAAGGGCCCGUACACUCUAAUCGGAUACUCCUUCGGGGCCUGCGUAGCCAUCGAAAUGGGUAUAAUACUGGAGAAGAACAACGAAAAAGUGAAUUUGCUGUUAUUGGACGGUUCCCACUCGUACGUGGCCACGCACACCGGCAAAGCCAAGACCUCCAAGAUACAAGGCAACACGGCCGCCGAACAAACCGAGGUGCUGCUCUACUUCGUGUCCCAAUUCAAGGAGAUCGAUCAACAAAAGGUGGCUGCUGAACUGAUGGGUUUGAAAUCGUGGGAAGAACGAUUAAAUAGGUCCGUGCAACUUCUGUCGGGCGCUACGCCCUACAAAUCCGAGGACAUCUCGACGGCUGCUACUAGUUUCUAUCAAAAGUUAUCGGCCGCUGACAAGUACAAGCCCUCCGGUAAAUUCAACGGGAAGGUUACUCUGGUGAAAGCUAUCGAUAAUUACGUACAAAUGGGAGAAGAUUAUGGUUUGUCAGAGGUGUGCACGCAGAAGGUUGCGAUCGAAGCCCUAAAAGGCAACCACAGGAGCAUACUAGGUGGCAGUAGCGUAGAAAAAAUAGCGAGUAUAGUUAAUAGUAUCGUCAAGGUAUAAUCUCGUUCAGUAGUUCCUUUUUACAUGUUAUUAUUUUGGGUCCAAUUUUUUACCAAUCUCAUUUGUAAUUUUUAUUUAUUAGUUUGUAAAUAGUAGGACAGAUGUUUGUUUGAUCGACGUAUCGUAAGUAAUUUAUUGUUUAGUUAGUUUUUAAGGAUCGACUUUAUUUUUGUAUGAUUGUUGAUGAGCCAAAGAUUUACUUUUCUGAUACUAUAGAAGGCUAAACUUGACUAAAUUUGUUUAAUGAUGGGGCCAAGGUUUGUCGCUUAACCUUCGGCUUCAUCGUUACAGUUGUAAAAUUGUUAUUACGUGUUGAAUAAAAUGCUUAAAUUAA